CUAGGAUCCACACACAGUCAGCACGACUUGAGCGCCUUGUGUGGCGCUCUUGGGCCGUAUCUCUCGCCGUUAAGGCUGUAGAAACUAGCGACCCAGUGCACUGCACCCCUCCUUGCGCUCGGCAACAGCUUACAGACUACGAGACGCUGGACGAACAUGGCUAAAGUCAUAGCAGCGCUGCUGCUCACAGCAGCACAAGCCCUCCAGGCGCCGCACGCCCGACCAGCGCCGACGCGCCAGCAGGCCGCCGCCGUCGCCGUGCCUGACACAAAGAUCCCCGACGCCAUCUCCGCCGAGCACCCCUUGAGGGUCGUCAUCGCGGGCGCGGGCGUCGGCGGAUUGACGCUCGCGAACGCCCUCAAGGGCUGCGACCACGUCGAUGUCCAACUCAUCGAGAAAACCUCAGCGUUCAAACGCUUCGGCGGGCCCAUCCAGCUCGCCUCGAACGCCAUGCAGCUCUACAAGGAACUCGACGCGAAUCUGUACGACCAGAUCGAGUCCAAGUUCACGUGGACCGGCAAUUUAACCAAUGGUAUCAAAGAUGGGAUUCGCGACGAGUGGUACGCGAAGUUCGACCUCGCAAGUCCGGCGCGAGACCGGGGCAUGCCUUACACGGGCGUGAUCGAACGCCCAGAUCUACAAGAAAUUCUGCUGGGCAAUCUGGAGGAGGGCGUCGUCAACAACGGCGUGGGCGUCCACUCCUACACGACCGGUGCCGUCGGGUCGAGAAUUACGGGACCGGUCGACGUCAAGCUCGAGGACGACAACAUCGUCGCGGGAGACGUCUUGGUCGGUGCCGACGGCAUCUGGAGUCAAGUAAGAGCCGCCAUGCGCGACGAGCCCGCUAGAGGCGACGGUUCGGGUGUUGCGUAUUCGGGCUACACGGUGUUCGCGGGAGAAUUAGCUUACAACAGCCCGGACAACGGCGAAGUCGGGUACAAGGUCUACAUCGGGCCGAACCAGUACUUUGUGAUCACCGUAUGAGUGCGGCGUCCCUUUUCGACGCGUCGCGGCGAUGGCGUCCGCGUGAGCCGCAGACGCCGUCGACGCGAUCGCGACGCGGGCGUCAACCACAUGUCAUACGCGAUCGUCGCGUCGAUGGCGCGGACGGGGGCGCGUCCCAACCCUACGCUGUCGCCGCGACGCGUCGAUAGAGAGAGAGAGCCAACAACCGGCACGCCCACGAUCGACACAACGCAGGACAUCGGCAAGGGCCGCUACCAGUACUACGCCUUUCUCGCGAGGGAUCCCGGGAGCGCGGAGACGGAAGAGAAGCCCGAUGGUACGGUACCGUUCCUCAAGAAGACGUUUGAAGGGUGGUCGCCGGACAUCCACGCGAUCUUGGACGCGACGCGAGAGGACGAGAUCGAGCAGAGGGAUUUGUAUGAUAGACCGCCCUCCUCCCUAAAGCCGUGGUCCGUCGGGCCCGUGGGCUUGCUCGGUGAUUCGGUCCAUGCGAUGAUGCCCAACCUCGGGCAAGGCGGCUGCCAGGCGAUCGAGGACGCUAUAGUGCUCGCCGAGGAGCUCAAGGGCCUCACGUCGAGGACCGAGGCGGACAUCGCUCUGACGAACUACCGGAAUAGGAGGUUAGUGAGAUCGGCCGCGGUCCAAGGGUUAUCGCGCUUUGCGUCGGACAUCAUCAUCCGCGGCUUCGACACGCCGGCCAAAAUUGUCGAUGGAAGACUGGAGAACUUUAACUACGCCGGUAUUGUGACGCGACUACUCCAACCGAUCUUACCCAUCUUCUUCAUGGUCCAGUUCAACUUCCUGUACGAGGGCUGGCGCAACGAAUUCGCCUUCGACGUGAAGGCGGGGUUGUUGAUUGGCGGCCUGGGGCUGUUCUUAUUAGCUGUGGGCGCGGGCGCCGUCGGCGACGCGGCGGUGUUGUUGCCCUUUGGGCUGGAGUCGAUCUUCGGCGUCGAGGCGCUCGCUGGGAUCUCGGAGUCUAUUUCCACCUUCCUUGGCGGCGCCGAGGGCAUGCUUUGAGGUUUGUUGUGGCCCCGCUCUCCUCCCUGUCCUACUGUAAAAACUUGAAGUAGUA